AGGAGAGGGCACCGAGUUCUCCAGUGAGCAGGUGUUUAUAGACCUGCUGCAUUUCUAGUAUUUUCUGCCUCUUGACAGUAAAACAAUAGGAAACAAUUAGUCGAGGAGUUGAUCCACAAUUGUCGCAGUGUCUCAAUGGAAAGAACAUCAUGAUACAUCAACAAAGAUUUGUUAAAGUGAGAGAGCCUAAAGGGGCUAUCUGUACUUACCUGAAGAUUUAUGAUCCAUGUACAAGCAACAUGUUUUCCACCAGUUGGGAUAAUGUGGAAAUUCUGAAGGACCCACAAUGCCAAUAACUGCAGAAAGUGCUAAGCUCUAUCUCCCCCUCCUAGAACGCUGGCUUCAUAUUAAGCUGAGGGAAGAACAGCAAACUCCAGGAUUUCAGCUGUGCCAGUCAGCCAUUCAGAUGCUUUGUGAAUACAUAUACUUAAAUUUUGGAGUAGAAGCAAGUGCUGUGCUGCCUGACCAAAAGGAAAGGGAAGAUUUUGAAAUUUGUACAGCUCAUUUGACCCGAGCAAAGGAAGAUGAAGGUAACCUCGGAGUACGUUUUGGGAACGUCCCAAUCUAUUGGGAAUCUCCAGGUAAUCAAGAAAACAGAAAAUCAAGAGAAAAAAAAAGUAGCAAAGGCCCUGUAUUAGAUGUUGGAUAUAUCUGGGUGACAGAAAUCAAGAAGCAUAGUCCUGCUGCAAAGUGUGAGAAGAUUAAAAUUCGAGAUGAAGUGUUGUUGUUGAAUGGACAGUUGAUGGUUGGUGUUGAUGUUGCAGGUGCCAGUUACCUGGCUGACCAGUGCUGGAAUGGCGGAUGCAUUUACCUGAUCAUGCUGCGUCGGAUUAAACGCAAAGCUCCUCUUCCUCCUUCCAAUGGCGGCAACAGUGAACUCAGGACAAGCAGUAGCAGCUCGGAGGCAAGUGGAAGUCCCACGCAGAAUGGCAAACGGACUCGAAAGUUCGGUGUCAUCUCUCGUUCUUCCCUCAACCGAGAUAGCCAGGACAGUCAGGAGAGUCAUAGCUCUGAGCAAGAGAAUGGAUAUCAUGUCUCCAUUGAGGCAGAAUGUUCAAAGGCUGAAGGGAUUGAUGCUCAUUGUGACCCCAAAGACUCUGAUGCAGCUGUUGACCAGAUAUCAGAUGAGCAAAUUUCUAAUGGAAUUACUGCCCUAUCGACAACACAUCAAAGAACUCGACUCUCAGAAACUGGGAAGACAGACUCUAGACAGAGUGAACACUCUACUCAGAGGGAAGGUUGCCAAAUUUGGAAGAUGCACAUGGUGAAAGGCUCAGACGGACUUGGUAUUCAGAUUACAGGAGGUCGGGGAUCCAAACGUUCACCCCAUGGUAUCAUUGUUACAUAUGUCGAAGAAGGAGGAGCAGCGCAAAGGGAUGGAAGACUGAAAUCUGGUGAUGAGCUGCUAAUGAUUAAUGGACAGUCACUGGUUGGACUCUCACAUCAAGAGGCAGUGGCACUACUUCGAUCAGCAGCAGGACUUGUACAGCUGGUUGUUGCAAGCAGGGAUGAAUCUGAGAUCCAUUUCCAGAAGUUCCCCUCCACGAGUUUACCUGAUUUGGUGACUAACUUUGUGGUUGCUGAUAACUCCCCUUCUCCUACAGAAAAUAAAGAGAAUGUAAAACCAGACAGUGAAGAUGCAGCAGCUGACUGCCAAGUGCAUCACCAUCCUGAAAGUGUUUCAGAAACUGACAAAGGCGAUACCCAUGAACGUGUAGAAAUGCCACAGUUCAGUUGUCGAAGUCCAACACCAGGCGGCAGUGUAAUGAAAUUCAGGAGCAGAUCUCAAGGUGGAGGGAGCCGCUUGGAAUCUGUGGGUGAAGAUGAUGAGCUGAUAGUGGAAAAUGGUGAAGCAAGUUGUGACAUGUCAGAAAAGCCAGCACGAGGAGGCCGCAAGCAUUCCCUUCCCCAGCAGCUUGAUGCAACCGGUAUUCGACAGGAGUAUCAAGUCAUAAAAAAGUCAGCACGUUCCUUAAGCACAGUUCAAGUGGAAUCACCAUGGCGGCUAGCCCAGCCAUCAAUCAUCUCGAACAUCGUCCUAAUGAAAGGGCAAGGAAAGGGUCUUGGUUUCAGUAUAGUUGGUGGCCAGGAUUCUGCUCGAGGACGGAUGGGAAUAUUUGUCAAAACUAUUUUUCCAAAUGGUGCAGCUGCUGCUGAUGGAAGACUGAAAGAAGGAGAUGAAAUUCUAGAAGUUAAUGGGGAAUCCCUGCAAGGAUUAACUCAUCAGCAGGCAAUUCAAACCUUCAAGCAACUGAAGAAAGGAGUAGUGACUCUUACUGUUCGUACCAGGUUGCGCAGUCCUAGCCUUACUCCUUGUCCCACUCCAACCUUAAUGAGUCGGUCCAGCUCUCCCAAUUCCAAUGCUAGCGGUGGAACUCCAGUCCCAACAUCAGAAGAAGGUGACUGCUGUCGCAAAGGACCAGGGCCAAAAGAUCGUAUCAUAAUGGAGGUGACAUUAAAUAAAGAGCCUGGAGUUGGCUUGGGGAUCGGGGCCUGUUGUCUUACGUUAGAAAAAAGCACACCAGGAAUCUACAUCCAUAGCCUUUGCCCAGGAUCAGUUGCCAAAUUGGAUGGCAGAUUGAGCCGAGGUGAUCAAAUUUUGGAGGUGGACUCAGUAAGCCUGCGACAUGCAGCUCUGAGUGAAGCAUAUGCAAUUCUAAGUGAAUGUGGCCCAGGCCCUGUCAGCCUUAUUAUUAGCCGUCAUCCAAACCCAAAGAUCUCAGAACAGGAAAUGGAUGAGGUGAUAGCACGUACGACACAUCGGGAGAACACAAGUAAAGAUGGACAACUAUCACACACCACAGGGUUAUCUUCAAAGAGUCCAUCGCCUAGUGUGAAAUCCAAGCAGGGUGAUGGAUCUUCUCUCAGUUGGACGAUGAAACGUUUUCUGGAACCCACAAGUCGGCAAGGGUCAUUGAGUUCAGAAAUAGAACUCUCCCAGUACUUUUCCAAUCAUGUUCCCAGCCAGUCGUCACUCUCAGAUACAAUGUUAACAGCUUCCAGUGAGGAAGAACAUCUCCGGCAUAAGAGCAUAAGUAACUCAUUGGAUGACAGUGUUGUUUCUCCUCAAAGUCCAGUGCCCAAAGAAAUUGGAGUGCCGAAGCCAGAGGUGUCCUCCGUCUCCCUUAGCAAUGGGAAAUCUGUUGUACCUAAGAACAAACAUGUGGAAGUGGCUCGACAGGCCAGUCCAAGUGACAGCCCCAAAUCAAUUCGCAGCCCUCUUCUACGACAGAGAAGGGUCAUUUGCUAUGAUGACAUCAGUGAUGAUGAAGACUUUGUGAAGGUUGAGGAAAGCGCUCGACUCAAACAGCCUCAAAUCACGCAGAAGAUGCCAGAGGAAGAUUCAGGAAUUAUUAUAGCCACGUCUUCUGUUGAAGUGGAUGAUGAAAGCCAAGAUGGUGAGUUGUUGAGAAAUGUCAGCAGCGAUGGUGCCCUACCUCAGGGCAGCAGCUCAGUAGAGUCUGAGGACAGCUCAAUGGAGCAAAUGGUUGACUCGCCCUUCAUGCCACUUAAAUUCUUUGAAUCGUCCAGUUCCACUGACACUAAUCAUAGCACCCUUGAGAUCAAGGAGGGUCAGGUGGAGUCCAAGCGAUCACCUAAACUUGAGCACAAAGCUGUCACUCGAGUGAAGAGCAUGAUGAGCAUUGAAUGCCCACAAAACCUCUCGAAGCAGAAGAAUGAGGAGCAUCAUUCACCUCCCACCAAGCCCAUUGCAAGGCCACUGCCUCAGAGCAAAAAGACUGAGACGGGAGACACCUCAGUAAUGUGCUGCACAGAAACAGUACAUCUCACACGUAAAAGAUCAGAAUCAUUUGGAUUGGAAUUGGAAAUCAAGGCUUCUCCUUUAAGAGUUCUGAUAACAGGUUUACAACCAGGUGGAGCAGCAGAGAGAGAAUCUAAGGGAAGGCUUGGUGCCGGAGAUGAAAUUGUCUUCAUUAAUAACACACCAGUCUUCAGCAUGUCUUACCAAGAGACUUGUAACUUUAUGUACAACCUCCCAUCCACCAUUACACUUGAAGUACGCAAACCAGUAUCCGCUGUGGACAGAUUAUCGACGCUCAUCUCAUCAUCAUCUACAGAUCUGAAUUUAGUAGAACCUAAUUCUGUAGAACUUGAUCAAAAUAUGAUCACCAACAAAAGCAAUGCACAAAUGUUUGAAGACUUUAUGCAAAACACAACAUCAAGCUUUGAAAUGCAGCCCCUGGAAAAACCUACUGGAGACAAUAUGGUGGAAAACAAAGUAAUUUCACAGGAUUGCAGUACCUUGCCACACAGUCAUAGAUCUGACAUCCCAGUUACAGACAUUGAUGAUGUUAUCAGUCAGCUAGAUUCUGUUGAGGAUGACAUCCCAAAUACUUCAUCUUUGAAUUCAGAAAGGAGUCAAGUUGAUAUUGCUGCUCAUUCCAUAACAACUCUGAACAACACAAAUGAUGUCAGUAAUAAAGGUGACUCUUCAAUUGACAUCACACAAGAGGUUCUCGACUAUUCUGUUCUGAAUUCAGUCAACACAGGCAAAGUAUUUUCGGUAAACAAAACAUGUCUGACUAACUAUUCCAGAAACUUGAGUACUGAGAAGAAGGACAAACAAAUGGGUUUAACAGACACCAAGGAAGAUAGUAAACAACAAUCUAUGUACGCUGCUGCAGUGGACUCUGAUUCAGAGGCUGAAUCUUUGGAUAGCCCUCAUUCAUCCUGUAAUAAAGUGGCCCUGGGUUUACCUGGAGAUGUUGUUUUCACGCACUGUGAAAACCUUAGUAUUGCAGAUUCGGAUACAGAAGAGGUUGAAAUCUGCUUCCAGCCCAGUGAUCAAGCUCAAACUCCAGAGCAAUUUGUGCAACUUCCAACAAAUCUGAACCAGGAGGUUCUGCAUGAGAGUGACUUAUCAAUGACCAAGCUUGCUCCAGAAGCAGGAAAAGAGACAAUUUCAGCAGAUAAAAAGACAUACCAUAAAAAUGAGCAUAGUUUAAUCUAUUCCACGCUGCCUUUCAAUUUUGAUAUGACUGGCAUAGAGGUUGCCAAACAGAGCCUAACGUCAAAUCAUACGACUGAUAGACUUGCCGAACCAGUAAAAUCUGAAAGCACAAGUAUCUGUACGGCUUCUAAUGUGAAUGAGUCACAAAAUAAACAUCUAGGAUUUGAUCCUUCUUCCAAGCAGAAUCUGCCAAUAAGCUCUCUGGAAGACACAGGUGUGAUGACUUUUCAUAAUCAAAAAGAUUCAGACAAAGGCCAAUGUAUCGAAGAAGAGACCAGGGAAUUUGAUAAAAAGUUGGAACUUCCCAGUGAUUCUGCCUUUUCUGCAUCAAGACUUCAGUCAGAAUCAUGUUUGGAAUUGAAUAAAACAGAUGAUUUUUCUUCACCGCAAGAUGCGUUGAAGCAUUCUAAGAAGGCAGAAAUUACAAAAGUAAGUCAUAAUUCCUUGUAUCCAGUGCCUAAACCCAGAUUAUCCGCUACAAGUAAGCCAAAUCUGGGUUCUCAGAAUGUUGCCUUAUCUAUGAUUCAGCUCAGAAAGGAAAGACUAACUUUGUCAGGUAGUGGGAAAAAUUCUAGUCCCCUGCCACAAAGACAAAAUCAAUUCAAACAAUCCUUAGGACCACAAAUUGGGAAAUCUUCCAUGCCAUUUAAAGGACAAAAUGAAAGUGGUGCAGCAUCUCAAAUGUGUGCUAGAUCUAAGUUUCAGGACAAAACACAGAAGUUCUAUUCUGCACCAAAACUAAAGGGUCUCAGCAUUAAAAGUAAAAACAAACCACCAUCUGAAACCAAUGAGAAGAGUGCAGCAAAAUCUGAUGGAUUCAAAAAAUCAGAAACAUUGCAGAAAUGUCCAGAAAAGUUAGGAGUUUGUGAUCAUCAAUCAUCAAAACUCACCACCAGAAGAGCAUCUUUGACAUGUAAUAUAAAAACAAAUAAACAUCCUGAAAAAAAUAAAUCCGAAGCAAAGAAUGAGAAAGAAAUCAAUAACGUUCCUGUACAUUCUUCAGGAGAACAGCUUUCAAUCUAUUUGUCGGUAGAUGAUAAUUUCCUAAUAAGAGAGAAAGAUAAGGGUGAAACAAAGACCUCCAAUAUCACAGGUAAAGUGGAUUUGUGCAACGAACAACAAAGACAAGUUUUGAAAGUAGAUCCUAAAAAUCAAAAAGAGACAGAUCAACAAAUAAUACUGGAUCAUAAACGAAAAGAGGAAGAACCCACAGAAACUGUAUGGAUUAGAGGUCCUCAUGAAUCAUAUGGGGAAUCAAAAAAUUAUGGAAAUCAAGAAAGCAUUACACAAAUAUCCAAUGAAACAUCUGCUGAACAAUAUGUCACAUCUCCUGUAGAAUUAUCUCAGAAUAUUGACACGAUGAACAAAACCCAGAAGAACUUGGCUCAUGAAGCACAAACAGUAGAGCAGAAACUGUUACAAAAAGAACAGGUGGAUGGACAUUUACAACCUUCAGGAUAUAAAUCAUUGGAAGAAUCUACUGUACCCUCAUCUUCAUUCAAUGUAGUUGAAGAGCAAGAAUGCAUAGCAACCCGACGGAGCUUUAUCGAAUUAAAACUAACAUCACCUCCAUUGGAGAGGAAAGAAGUUAAUAACAUAGCUACUCCUAUAGGGUUUUUGGAGCACAAGUCAGAGAAAUGCCCUAUAGUUCAGGAUAAUGCCCAGAAACCAAAAAUAGCUCCUAAACCUCCUGUGAGCUUAGAGCAGAGACCAACUCAAUUAAGUAGUGAUGACACACAAUUAGAUAAGAAUCCAUCUGAACCCUAUCUCAUUAAAGCUUCUCAAAGACAGAAACUGUUACUGGAGAGAGAGGUAAAAUCAUUUGACACAUCACAAUUACACACCAUUGUUAAAAGUACAGAUAAUGUUCAACCAAAUGUUGAGGCAACAGGAACCUUAAAGAAAUCUUUGAGUGAAGAAAAACACUCCAGCACAGAUUUUAUCUUCUAUCAAAGAGAUAAAGAUAAAUCAAAUAGGGGAAGUUCAACAAAUGAGCUGAAUUGUCCACCAGAAGGAGGCUCUUUUUCUGUCAGACAGAGAAUUAAGUCUUUUGAGAGCCUAGCAAGCUUCGACAAACCAGUAAUCAGGAAAAUAGACACACAUUUUCUAGACUCAUCCUUUGUUAUUUGCAAUGCCAAUUCAUCUACCAAGCCAGCAAUAGGAAGGCGAAUAUCAGGAAGUGCAAUACCUCUAACAACAUCUAAUGUUUCAUCUGUUCGAGACUUUGAUGUGUCACGUGCAUUGAGACGUAGUUUGAGCUCCUACACUGAAGGGAGGUCUGAGAUUGCCUUUCCAUCAACACAAUUAGAAAAGUCUCCAUCAAGUGUGGCUUUUCUCAACUUUGAACCAAAUCAUUCAAAGAGCUAUGCUGAGGAUCUUAAGAAGACCAAGGAAUGUGAGUCUAGUAGCAAAAUGUCUCAGGAGCAGGAUUUAAAUUCAUGCAAGGUUAACAACAGUAAAAAUAGAUCGUCAGUCAACCAUCGACCAAACUCUUUGUCUCGGUCCAAGCUGCGGGAACUGAGAGCAUUAAGCAUGCCAGAUCUUGACAAAUUGUGCAGUGAUUAUUCUAGUGAUCCAACAACCCAGAGUUUUAAAAGUGAACUGGAAGUCAAGCCAAGAACAUCUAUUGGUCUUGCUGCUGAAAGCCUAACAAAUGUGUCUUCUGGAACUGCUUCUGCUACCAGUGGUUCUGGUUCGGUGAAAAUCUAUAGAUCUGGAAUUUCUAAUUUCAGAUCAAAGAAUUCCUGGAAAAGCAGCAAUGGAGCACUAGAUUUGUGGUCUGACGACGAGCUGGCAAAUAGUCAGAGUUUGUCGGACAACAAAAGCAGAAGUUGGUCAGUCAGCCUUGAAGAUUUAUCCCAUUCCUCCCAGGAGAAGCAGAAAUUACAUGCUGUUUUGUCAUCGAUAAUAGCUAAAGCAGAUGUUGCAAAACUAAUACAGGAAGCUGAGAUAGUAGCUGAGAAUAAAGAAGACAUUUAUGUCAUUGUGUUGACCAAAGAUGAAGGUGCUGGACUAGGUUUCAGUAUUGCAGGAGGGGUGGACCAGGAGCAUAAAUCUGUUACUAUUCACAGAGUAUUUUCAAGAGGUGUGGCAGCUCAAGAAGGUACCAUUCAGCGGGGAGACUACAUCCUUUCUAUCAAUGGAAUGUCUGUAAUAGGCACAACACAUGUAGAUGUGCUGAAUGCACUUCACCGGGCCCGCUUACAUAAACAGGCCAUCAUUGUCAUUAAAAAAGGAAAGGAACAGGAAGAAAUUUCUUCCAAGCCAGAUUUAUCACUUUCUAAAGGAAACCAUCUCACAGUGGGAAGAAAUGAUACUACAGAAACACUAGGAACAGAUAUUACAGAUGUGAAUGUGGACCUUAGAGGGGCCAUCACUGUUGAGCUGCUGAAGACGUCUGCUGGCUUAGGAUUCAGCCUAGAUGGUGGGAAGGCUUCGAUCAAUGGAGACAGACCUCUGUACAUUAAGCGAAUAUUUCAAGGUGGUGUUUCUGAACAAUCUGGAAAGAUCAAUGUUGGGGAUGAAUUGCUGGCAAUCAAUGGAAAGUUCCUGCAUGGUUUCAUGCACUAUGAUGCUUGGAACAUUAUCAAAUCUGUCCCUGAAGGACCUGUCCAGCUCGUGAUUCGGAAAAUUAAAACAGUUUCAUGAUUGAGGUUUGUUCGAUGCAUUGGAACACAACCAAUAACAUCAUUAUGCCAAAGUGAAAUGAAAACCCUCAAAUUCCAUCAAAAUUAUCUCUGUCAAUGUUUUUCUUCAAGAAGUGAGAAUUGGCAAAAUAAUAAGACAGAUUAUAGCAGAAUUGUGUAUCUUCCAGAAUCAAAGGCCUUUUUAUUACAAUAAAUCUGUGAGAAGAAAAAGGCUCAGGGAAAAAAGAUUUCAGAAUCUUCUGUUGUAUUCCAAAGCAGAAAUUGGAGAUCUAUUGAUGUUCAAAUAAUCCAACACAGAGGAUUUACAUUUGGAAAGCUCCCCCUUGAUACUUGCAUGCACUCAUUACCAUGCUUAAAAAUCUUCAAAUCAAGUUUCUGGGAAAUGCAUUGUCUGAAAUGAAGUGGAUACUUUCUCUGUAGAAAGAUGUCUAUAAUAAGGUUGAGAAUCCAAAGCAAAAGGACCGCCUGCGUACACUGCUGAAGUUUACCUUGUUUACUGCCAAGCAGUUUAUUGACAACACUUUGUACCAAUGCAAUUCUGCUUACUUGCACACAUCCAAAGGACAGUGGUCAUUAUUUGGAUUUUAAAUAUCAGCCAAGUACAAGAUUGGGACUUUGUUAUGCAGGCAAAGGAACCAGUAAUUACCAUCAAAUAACAUUCCGCCAACCCCUUUGUGCGUAACACUAGCCCUAGAGCACUGUGAUUCCACUGGUUAGAAGUGUGAAGCUCAGGGAAGCUGCUUGUCCCUUGGCACUCAUUCAUCCUUGAUCAUAGGAACUAACAAAUCUUGGAGCAUGCAUUCUCAACCAGGAAAUGUUAUGCUCUGUAACUCCAAUUAUUCCAAUUCACAGGGUCUCUUCAGCAGUAUCUCUGUGUGUGAAGUAAUCAUCAUGCAUAGGCAGUCAUUUUGUGCAUCAAGUUUCAAACAAUACAAGAGCCCCCUGUAUUAAAACUAGUUGUUCAAUAUAUUUCAGAACAGCGGGGCAGUUUUCCCCUUGAGGAAGCCAGCAAAAGAACUUGGUGAGAUGGAAGCAUUUUUUACAUAGUGCUGUGCCAGCUGCCUACAAUCCUCCACGUAUUUAUUCUAAUAGGCAGUAUAUUGUCAGCUGUUUGCACCCAGUUAAUUUGAUUAGGGCCCCCCCCAACAGAAAACCUGUCUUCGUGUCCAUAAGGAGCAAAGGCUGUUUUUCAUUAGCAAAUGUCUAUAAGCAAUGGGGUACUUCUAUUCUAUGGUUCUCAAAUUAAGGCUCGAGAGACAGUGAUCUGUGGUGCUUCAAAAGCUGAUCGGGAGUUUAGAUUAGCAUGACAUGACCACCUUUUCCCUGGCUCGUCCUUCAAACUGGCUAAUGACAGUGUGACAUCAAGACCAAGCUGUUGCUAUCAACAUUAGUUGGGAAAUGUCCCAGCCCUCUUGACCUACCUCAGUUAAAUAUACCCUAAAAAGAGUAAUUUUCACUCCAUGACAAGCAGGAAUAGAAGAUAGGUGGGCCUCUAAUCCUGAAAGCAGAGCAUAGGAGACUAUAGGAGUAGAUGAGUGUUGGAGUAGAUUGUUGAGAAGUCCCAUUUUGCUUGUCUGGAAUUUUGUCCAAUAGUGUAGGUUAGAUGGGCUUGAGAUCGAUAUGACAGGUCGGCACAACAUCGAGGGCCGAAGGGCCUGUACUGUGCUGUAAUGUUCUAAGAAUUUUUUUUUAAUAACAUGUGAGGUCCUCUAACUAUCACUGCUGUCACAAACUUAUGGCCUUUCAUACCCUCCAUGCCAACUCAAUCUUGGCUGGCCCAGCAUCCACCCUGGGCAGAUCGCAGGAAACAUCUAGAGAUAAACAAAAACUUCAAACAAUAUAAUAUAGUUCUCAUUUCUACAAACUUGAUAGUGAAAGCACUCACGUUCUAGAAACCCAUUCAAAACUUUAAAAUCUCAAGUAGUUUAAAAAUGUUCUAUUCAGACAUCACAUCAAGGACAAUUAAUCUUUUCUUAGCCUCUUAAACAUCAAUCAAACUGAACCCUGACCUCCCACAGAGAUAAAUAUAGCUUCUGAAAUACAGUCAAGCAUUCAUAAUGACAGAUGCUCUCCCUUGACAAAAUGCCAAUGAAGAGUUCUAUUGAAACCACACAACCAGAUGCUGCUCUUCUUUAUAAAGAAAGAAGGUGCAGCAGAUGGCUUGUCAAUUAAUCAAAUUGUAGCUGUCAAUGUUGCUGAUUUUGUUUUAACAUUUAGCAGGGAUUUCAUUUAUUUUAAAGUCAUAGUAGUUCUUCAGACUUCAUUCAUUCUUAAGGAACAUUUAUAUCUUAAUCAAUUUACGACUCUCACACUGUGAACUAAGGCCUUUGAAUAAGCCAAAUGGGAUCUAUUCUAACUCAACAUUGAAUUCAAGUGACCCUGCUGAGUUUGGUUUUCCUUCCAAAGUGAAUCAUACCCCAGCAAAUUUCCUCUAUCAGCAAUCAGGACUCAAGCAUCUGGAUUCCGCCCACAAUGUUUCAAAAGCUUCCCUGGCUCCAUGAAAAUCCAGCCCCAAGAACUGGUUGUAACGAAUAGAAUCAUAGAAUUUUGCAAUACAGAAGGGGGGCCAUUUAGCCCAUCACACCUGUGCCAGUUCCCAAAAGAGCUACCCUUUCUCCAGCCUUAUCUCCAAAGCACUCUAAGUUCAUCACUUUCAAAUGUAUAUCCAGCUCUCUUUUGAAACCUCCUGUUGAAUCUGCCAGCACCACUCUCCUAGGCAGCACAUUCCAACAACUUGCUGGAUAAACAAGUUUCUCCUCAUCUCACUCUUACCUCUCUUGCUGAAAAUCUUGAAAUUGUGACCACUAAUUACUGACAUACCAACGAGUAGAAACAGAAUAUUCUUCUUUACCCUGUCAAAAUUGUUCAUCAUUUUGAACAUUCAAGGAGAUCACCUCUUAAUCUUCUCCUUUGCACUUGCUCCAGGACUAUAACAUCCUUCCUUAAAUAAGGUGCUUAGAACUGAACGUGUUAUUCCAAAUAUGGUCUGACCAAAGAUUUGUAGAGGAGUAGCAUCACUUCGCAAUUUUUAUACUCAUUGUCUCUAUCUAUUACCCCAAUGAUCCUUUAUGCCUUCCUAGCAAUUAUUUCCACUUGCCUGUCUACCUUCAGAGAAAUAUGCCCCUGCACCUUGAAGUCCCUGUCCUUCUAUUAAAGUUGUACUAUUGUCUCUCCAAGUACCAUAUCAAAUUCUUUCUGAAAGUCCAAAGACAACAUCCACAGCACUACCCUUAUCCACUACCUAUGAAACUUCAUCAAAUAACUCAAUUAAAUUUGUCAGACAUGACCUUCCCUUAACAAAACUAUUUUUACUGUCUAGUAUGAACUUAUAUGGUCUAAGUAUAUAUUUAUCUUAUCCCAUAUUACGGCUUCCAUCAGUUUUCCAACUAUUUAUGUCUAGCUGACAGGUCUGUAGUUUGGAUGAAGGGUCUAGGCCCGAAACGUCAGCUUUUGUGCUCCUGAGAUGCUGCUUGGCCUGCUGUGUUCAUCCAGCCUCACAUUUUAUUAUUUUGGAAUUCUCCAGCAUCUGCAGUUCCCAUUAUCUCAGGUCUGUAGUUCCAUGGGUUUGUACAUUUCUUAAACAAUACCAUCACAUUUGCAUAUUUUCAACUGCCCCAUUAUCACCAUUUUCAGAUUUGGUAAAGACAGAGCAAAGUACCAUUUAGUACCUUUGCCAUACCCUUUGCUUCAGUGAGUUUACCCUGCUUAUUCCUAUCCUUCACUAAUCGUUUUACUAUUAAUAUGUUUGAAAACAUUUUAAAAUUUGCUUUAGUGCAGCCUGCCAUCCUUUCCUCAUGCUUCUUCUUAACCUUCCUUAACCUGGAAUUCACUGUUAAAUCCAUUAAAAGGUGUUUCCAAUCAUCAUCUUAAGUUCAACUUUUAGACCCCUGCAAUAUGUCCUUUUCUAGUCUGGGGUCUUAAUCCUUGAUGUUUAUCCUUUUCUAAUUUAAUACUGAAACUUACUAUAUAAUGAUCUCUAUUUCCCAAGUGGCCCCCACUUUGACAUUCUCCAUUUGACCUGCCUCAUUUCCUAGGACCAGAUCCUGCACAGCUUCCUCCCUAAAAUGACUGGAAAUGUACUGUUCCAGAAAGUUCUCCUGUACACAUUUCAGGAAUUUCUCCCCUUCCAUGCUGCAUACUCUCGCUUUGUUCCAGUCUACCCUAGAGUAAUUGAAAUCACCAAUUAUCACAACCCUACUUGCCGAUUUCCAUAAUCUGCCUACAAGUGCUCUCUUGUACUUCCCACUAUUUGAAAGUCUAUAAAUAAAUACGCAACAAGGUCACCACUGCCUUCCUGUUUUGCUCCUCCAACUAUAUAUAGAUUUUCAUUCAGGAACAGCAUCUUGUUGAAGGGCAAUAUCUUUGACCAACACUACUACGCUUCCUCCUUUUUUACCUACCUUGCUUCUACUAAAAAAAAAUCUUAUAACCUGGAAUGUUAAGUAUCCAGACCUUUUCUGGCUUGGGUCACGUUUCUGUUAGUGCUACUAUGUCAUAUCCCCAUAGAGCAACUUCUACUUCCAAUUCCCCAAUUUUGUUCACUACAGUCCAUGCAUUUGCAUACAAUUUAGUCCUGUCCGUAUCUCUUUCAUCCCCAGUGGGAGGUAACCAUUUCUUUGUUUACUAUAAACUUUCAAAACCUUCCCUUACUUCCUUUUCCUAGUUCUCCAUCUCUCUUUUACCCUGUCUGGCACUUCCAAAGCUAGACCCAUAGAACAACCCACUCCACUGCCUUACAAUUUUGAAUCCACCCCCACUAUCCUAUUUACUGUCUCAGCCAGGAGAUUACUUCCAUUUCAGCUGUGUUGAAGCCCAUCACUUUUGAACAGCUUUCUCCUUUCCCAGAAGUGUUCCCAACGUCCUAAAAAUCUAAACCCCUCUCUUCUACACCAUCCAUCAAUCCACGCAUUUACCUUCUGAUCUGUCUUUGCUUAAAUGGUGAAGCUAAUGGCGCAGAUGUGUUUCUGACAUUACUACCCUGGAGGUCUUAUGUUUGAACCUACUCCCUAACUCCUGACAAGAUGCAUCACUUAAAUGCAGAAUUCAAAAUAUCAGUAAGCUGAGCUCCCAAAAUGUAAUUAGCUCAAUUCAGUCAUUCUUUAUAAAAUUUAUGGUGUUUGUUUCAAGUUAGCUUUUACAGCAAGGUAAAUAUGGUUUAAACUCUUGUAUUUUAAUCCAUAUCAAGUGAUCGCAAGGAGCUGUUGUUAUGUCUUGUUAUGAAUCAAGUCUUGUUCGAAACUGAGUAAGAUUUGUUUCCUUUUUAAACUAAAUCAUGAUAAAAUAAGUCCUGCAAGACCUCCAAGCUGUCCCUCUCCAUAUCAUUGGUUCCCACAAGAACCACAAACACUAGCUGUUCACCUUCUUUCCAGACAUUUAUCCAGCCAUUCAGUUAUGUCCUGAAGGCAAUAUUAUGCAUUAUGCAAGCUACCUAACUAAAGUGACAUUAGUGAUUCCAACCUGCCUGUCAGGAGUGAACCUAAAAAGACAAGUAAAACUAAUGGGGUGGAAUUAUGCUCCAUGCUAUUAGCUUGUAAUGCAAAAGGUAUUAUGACAAAUAGGUUAAUGUCACCAUUAAAAGAAAGGAAUGGGAACCUCGUGCAUAAUCACACACCAAAAACCAUGUGUACAAUUUCACGUCAUUUGUGAAUCACUAACAAUAACUUGUGGAUCCAAAGGAAUGAAUAAAUAACCAGCCCUUUAAUAUCUACAAUUAAUUGAAUUUCUAACAGUUUUCUUUGCACCUCAAGCUAUGCCAUUAGAUUGAUUCCCUGUAGGUGGCAGUAGUACCAGAUCCUUUGUUAUGCAAUCCUUUCUAUCUCGGAAACCAUUUUUUAUAAAGAUGUCAAAACAUUUUGAAUUUAUUUGUGCUGGCAAGAUCACAUUUCAUGCCCAUUUCUUGUUACCGUAAUAGUUUUUAUUUAUUAAACUGCUGCAAUCCUUAAGGCAGCAGAACUUCUGUAAAGAUCUACGAAGUUCAACAAUUCAAUAGGUGCAUUCAAUACUGAGAAAGCAAUAACUUGCAUUAUGUAGUGUUUUACCAUAUUAAUAUCACGAAGUGCUUUACAGGAAUGUUAUCAGACUGAUUUGACACGUUAAGGCAGAUGAACAAAAUUUUAGUCAGAGGUCAGGUUUACUUAGCUUCUAAAAAGUGGAUGAACAGUUGGAGAGGUUUAGGGAGGAGAUUCCAGAACUUAGCAAAAGUAAAUGAUAAAAUACAGUUUCAAAACUGUGUAACCAUAACUAUUUCUGCCCACUGCACUUAUCAAGAUUUUCUCUAAAUAGUGAUGAGGUAAUCAUCAACCAUGAGCUAAAUGAAUGACAGAACAAACUCAAGGGGCUGAACGGCCUACUCCUGUUCUGCAUAUUGUCAUUAAUUCAAAAAGUAUAUAAAUAUUGAGGCUUGCAUGCAGCAAUAUAUCUCAGUGCAUUUGCAAAGGAUAAGAUGCAUCGUGUAAAUGUAGGAUUCAAAAUUCCGGUAAGCUGAGCUCCUAAAAUGUAAUUAGCUCAAUUCAAUCUUUCUUUAUAAAAUUUAUGGUGUUUGUUUCACGUUAGCUUUUACAGCAACGUAAAUAUGGUUUAAACUUGUGCAUUUUAAUCCAUAUUAACAAGAAACUAAAUUUAGCAAAGCUGAAGUGACCACGAGGAGCUAUAUGUCUUGUAAUGAAUCAAGUCAUGUUAGAAACUGAAUAAGAUUAGUUCCCUUUUUAAACCAAAUCAUGGUGAAAUAAGUCAGUGUACAGAUUAAAUAGUUGCACCUUUAAUCUGAAAUAUUUAUCUGGAAUCUUAUAUAAAGCUUAAUGCCUGACUCUGUUUGAAAGAAUUCACAUUCCAGACUAAUAUAAAACCAAAACACUACAGAUUGCUCUAAAUCUGAAAUAAAAAAAACGAUCAUUUUGUUUGGCAGCAUCUGUGUAGUAAGAAAAAGUUAAUGUUUUGGGUCAAUUACUUUUCAUCAGUUCUGAUUUAUUUUACCUGAUUAUUGCUCUGAAAAAUUAACUUUUGAUUCUUUCUCUGUGGAUGCUACUUAACUGUCUUUCAAGUAUUUGAAUUUCCACCCUUUGUUUGCCCUAGUAUGCCCUGUUGUUUUGAUAAUAUCCUGUUUGGAAUGGACAGUUUCAACGUGCUAAUAUAAUGAACAAUGUAUUCAAUAUGCGCAAAUUAUUUUAAUAAUUUGUUAUUAUAAAUGUUACUGGACUUACUGAUGGGAGAAAGAUAUAUGAAUGUCAAUAUCUGGAUUGAAUUUAUUUUUCUCUGACACUAUUUUCUUUCCCUAAAAUUUGUAACUAUUGAAAUCCCCUAUUAAACUUCCACUUUAGUUUAAUUUGCAUACCUAUUCAGGUGCUCCUAGAAUCAUGCAAGUACAAUAUGAGGAUAGUCAGUAGCUUAUUUGUCUACCUUUGGGAAAUGUAACAUAGAUCUCAACAAACAGCACCAGAUUUCAUAAUGUACAUAUUUUUCAAUCAAACUGUUCAGGUGUGUUACAUUUUCUGGAGCACGUGGUACUUGAAUCCAGAUCUUCUGGCCCAAGGUAGGGAUACUACCACUGCACCACAAGAGCUCCAAUUUCACAGUGUAAAAUAAAUAAGAACAAUCAAGCCUCUAACUAAGCCGUCCCAUCCUUAUUUAUUUUCAUUGUUUUGUUAUGUUUUCAAAUUGCUAACAUCUAUUUGGUGAUGCAGUGAGUUCACUCUUUUUUUGAAAACGGUAAUGAAUGUUAUGUAAAGACAGACUUUGGUAUCGCAAAUGGGUUCUUUAAACUAGCAUAUUCUAGCAUUACAAUUUCACCAAUUCAACUCUACACUUCUCACUGAUUCAAUUUUAAAUCUACAAAAGUAUCUAAUUAUCAAUGAAAAAAUCAUUUAAAGGUAACACCUAUUAAAUUGAGAAUUUUACACCAACCUGCUUGUGUUUCAAAAAGAAUUUUGGUGCACAAUAAUCUGUAAAAUACUGUUGUAAAAAUAUCUUUAUUUGUGUAUUAGUAUGACUGCUUUAUCAACAGUUGUCUUACAUGAACUUUAGGGGUUUAAAAGAGUGCAAUUCUACUAGAUGGACUGUAUAUUUUUUAAAGUGGCUUUGCGCUCAUUGUUUAAAGCUGAAAAAUCUGUAAACGAGGUUUUAUAUUGAUUCAAAACAAUAUUUUAUGAAAUAAAA